GAAGCAUCAUUUUCCUCCUUUGUAUAUUCUUGUGACACUUACCAGAAUGCGACCCAUAAGAGGUAUUCUUAUCAAUCGGGGUGCUCUCGCAAUGCCCCAAUAUAUCAAACCCCACCGCCUCACCCGAGCGCAUCAUAUGGUAGCCGCAAAUCGGACACCCUGUGGCGGCCAAUAUUCUACUGUUGCUCAACAUGGUAAUUUGGUCCAUCUUUUCGACGGCAAUACCGAGCUGAAGGUCGGAAAACGUCCUUUCAAAAAGAUCUUGAUUGCCAACCGAGGAGAGAUAGCAUGCGCGAUCAUUCGUACCGCUCGACGAUUGGGUAUCGCUACUGUUUCGGUAUACAGCGAAGCUGAUCGAAACUGUCAACACGUUGCUAUGGCUGACGAGGCAUACCUCAUCGGGCCUUCCCCAAGUUCGGAGAGCUAUCUCAAGAUGGAAAAAAUACUCCAUAUCGCAAAGCUCACCGGGGCAGAAGCAAUACACCCAGGAUACGGUUUUCUUUCAGAAUCUUCAGACUUUGCAGAGAAAGUGAGAGAUGCAGGUCUCAUUUUUAUCGGACCUUCAGCAGAAGCAAUCAAGAGCAUGGGCAGCAAACGUGAGAGUAAAGAGAUUAUGGUCGCGGCUGGUGUGCCAUGCGUACCGGGGUAUCAUGGGGCUGACCAAUCUUACGAUGCAUUGCUCAAAGGCUCUCAGCAGACAGGUUACCCCCUUAUUAUCAAACCGACACACGGCGGAGGAGGCAAAGGAAUGCGCAUCGUUCGAGAUCCUUUGACACUUCAAGAUGAACUCCUCUCUGCCCAACGUGAAGCACUGAAGAGUUUUGGAAAUGAUGAAGUCUUGCUGGAAAGGUGGUUGGAGAAACCAAGACACGUUGAAGUACAAGUAUUCGGAGACCAAUUUGGGAACUGCGUCGCGCUUUGGGAGAGAGACUGUUCAGUACAGAGAAGACACCAAAAAAUCAUUGAAGAAGCACCAGCCCCAGGAUUAUCACCUGCGUUGAAACGGGACUUCGCAGAAAAGGCAGUAGCAGCAGCCAAAGCAAUCAAUUAUGUUGGGGCUGGGACAGUUGAAUUUAUCAUGGAUGCCGAGACGGGCGAGCACUUCUUCAUGGAGAUGAAUACCCGUUUACAGGUAGAACACCCUGUCACAGAAAUGAUUACGGGUAUGGAUCUUAUAGAAUGGCAGCUUUCUAUCGCGGCCGGUAAUCCUAUUCCAUACACCCAGGACAAGAUCCCCUGCAUCGGUCAUGCGUUUGAAGCGCGAAUCUACGCUGAAAAGCCCGAAUACAAUUUUUUGCCAGACACUGGCAAGCUGUUCCAUGUGCGUUCGCCAAUUAAUACGCCACACCGGCUGGAGACAGGUUUCCAAGAAGGCGAUGAAAUCAGCUCCCAUUAUGACCCAAUGAUUGCCAAACUUGUGGUUCAUGGUAAAGAUCGGCCUCAGGCUCUGUCGCUUUUACGAUCGGCAUUGGCGGAAUAUCAAAUUGUUGGGCCCUCCACCAACAUCGAGUUUCUCAAGUCAGUCGCCGAACACGAUGACUUUGCAGCUGGGUCAGUCGAAACGAGUUUCAUACCAUCACAUCACGACGAGUUAUUCCCACCACGAGUUGUCCCCCAGGACAUCUUGGCACAAGCGGCGGUUUUUUUGGUUCUCCGAGCGGAAUCAGGCCAGAAAAGUUUGGCACCUGCUGGGCCAUGGGCAUCCUUGGUGCACAGACGAUUCAGUGACAUCUGUACAUUCUCAUUUCGACUCGAUUCGGAACAAGUCACCGUCAACCCGGUCGAAUCUGGAUAUCAUGUUGCAAUUGCAGGUCAAGACUUGUACAGUCAGUUGAUUCAAAGCUGCGUUACCUCUUCCACCGAGUUCAGUGCUCAAAUAGGGCCCAAAAAGAUACAAAGUACCAUUAUCCCUAUCUUCGUAAAUGGUCUUGAAAAAUUGCAUAUCUUUUCGUCAUCAUCGCACUAUGUAAUCACGCACCAUCCAUCGCCUCUCGAGGGCAUAGAAGGCCCGCAAUCUUCGUCUUCCAGCGGUACGGGGACCCUCGUCUCGCCCAUGCCUGCAACUGUCAUCGAAGUGAAGGUCAAAAAGGGGGAUAAAGUGAAGGAGAAUCAAGUGUUGUGUGUGUUGGAAAGUAUGAAGAUGGAGAUCAAUUUGAGAGCUGAAAGGGAUGGGGUAGUGGGCGAAGUGAGGGCCGAAAAGGGUAAAGGUGUUGAAGAGGGAGAAAUUUUGGUACUGUUGGAACCAUGACGGUCUAAGGACAACGGGUUGUCAGCCAAUGUUUUCGUCUCGUGUGCAUAAUUAUCGAAAUAUGAAUAGGAA